AUGGAGGAUCCAUGGGGCUCGCCAUGGACAGCCGUUGAUCCAAACCGCGACAGCCCGUCCAAACAACAGACCACCUCCGCCGCAUCCGACCUCGAGCUGUCCGCGCCCGCGCCCGCCUUCCUCAACGCCGCCACCUCGCAGGUGCCCAAGUUCACAGCCAACUUCUCCCCCUGGGCAGAAGACGACGGCGACAAUGGAUUCGGAGACUGGUCGUCCGCGUCACCCGCGCCGACGAGCUCGUGGAACACGGGAUGGAUGAGCAGCAGCGCGGCUGGUGCCGAAGGCCUCAGCCCGAAUCCGCAGCUCACCCCGACCCCGAAGCAGGACGAGUUCGCCAUCGCCAGUCCCAUAGCCUGGCCGGGGAGUACUGCGACAUCGCCCGGCCUCCGGGCAAAGUCCCGCUCCGACUCGACCUCACUCUUCCCCGCGCAUUCGCCCGACCCCUGGGCGCACGAUCUUAGCCCCCACCGCGGGGCGACGGCGCUCGAGCGCAAGCAGCAGGGUGCUCUACGAGAGCCCUCGCCGGUGCGAUUGGAUAGUGGAACUCCUCAAGAUUCCGGAAUCGUACCGAAUGUCCAAGACGAUGGGAAGAAGCAUGCGGAUUCUAUGCACAAGGACAAGAGCGAGGAGACACUUGCAAAGACGGAGGCUGCCGAGGCAGCGAUUGAGAAGCAGGCAGAAGAAUCGCACGCGGACAGAACGAGAGAAGACGAUACCAGCGCCAUUGAUCGGGCUGGAAUCGAAAGAACAUCGAGCUCUCGACCAUCCUCGCCCGAAUCUGUGGACAGCCAACCCGCGGGAACACGCCAGGACUCCCCGAUUACAUCCAUCGACGAGGAGGGCAGGGCACGGCCUCAGUUACAAGAACGAAAGGUCUCAUCUAAAGUCCAGGAUCUUGUUGAGAUGUACGAUGGGCUAGGCAGGAGAAUUGUCCACGAGCCACGGAUAUCUAAAUCAAGGGACGUGUCUAAAUCUAGGGACGAGUCUCAAUCUAGGGACGAGUCUAAGUCAAGGAACCGUUCGGACUCGGGUCGACAACCUAGCAUCAGUACCGAGCAGCCCUCGGAUGAUGGCGAUUUCGGUGACUUCGAAGAUGCAGCAAGUGUGGCGUCAGAGGUAGAAGAUGCCUCGGAAGAAUCACCAGAUGUCACACCCAAGAAAGCCAUUCCGAAGCAGGACAUUCUCUCGCCUUCGACGGCCGUUUCGGAUAUCGAGGAAACGGACACGCAGCGUACCAGUGGGGCUGAUGAGACAAAGACAACGGAGGAGAUAAAACGGCCAGAACCUGCAGAAUUCGCGGUGGAUCUUGGAUUGAUCUCUCAGCUAUUCAAGCUACCGGGCCAGACUUUCCCGGAGGACCCUGAACCAGCCACGAUACCCGACAAGAUCAUCACCGACUCGUUUACAACCAUAUCAGAACGAAAGACGUGGUAUCGGAUAUCACGCCUGGGUACACUUAGGAAACACAAUUACGGCGAUGACGAGAACUAUAAGCGCGUCUCAUGGAGCUCGUCGUGGAUCCACGCUGACACCAUCAAGAUCGUCCGCAGGUGGAUGGAAGAAGAUUCUAUCACGGGCCGGCCAACAUUCAAGGGCGGCGCGGGCAAGGGCAAGGGCAACAUGUUUGGAUGGGACUCGGCGGCUGAACCAGUCAGUCUCGACAAGGUCUUUGCCAUGAGAAAGACGGCCUCGCCGCGCAAGAAAGCCGCGCACAAGCCAGAACCCCUCCCAUUGCGGUCAUCCAUGUCUCUGGGGCGCAAAUCUAAUGAUUCAUCUGCCCUACCCGGCCCUGGCAAGCGCGCGUCGCUGAUCCAACCGCCGGAGCCGGCAAGCCCAUUCGCGUGGGCAUCGCCUCGGACCAGUGUCGCUUUGUCGAGCCCUGGAAUUACUCAGGCGUCUGUCGCACUCUCUACUGCGACACAGGCUGGUUCACAAGGGCCGGAAGGGCCGCAAGGGCCGCAAGGGCCGCAACUGGGAGGCACACUCCAGUCUACGCCGAUACCCAGCAAUCCUCCCAAACCUGGUCAGUCCCAGCCAACGAAAGACCUUGUCCAGGCUGAUGACGACGAUGACUGGGGAGAGAUGGUCGGCUCACCUCAAGACUCUGGUCCGCCCAUGGGUGCUUUCGAUGAGGCCAGUAAGGGGGAGGAGAAGACUGGGACAACUGCGCCUCCCGUGCCCCUUGGGCAAGGUCAACAACUUUCAAACCCCCGGGCUCCUGGGACAGCUUCAUCAUUGCUUGAGCCCCUCCCAGUUCAGCAGAGUCCCUUAGCCGGCACUCUAGCUACUUCAACGGCUCCGGCGACUACCGUUGAUCCCUGGCAGUCUGCCGACUUCUCGUUAUGGGACACACCCGGCACUUCAACCGCCGGCAACAUACCGCAGCCCCAGGCUACCAAGAUACCUGAAGCACCAAAACCACAUGCGGCUUCCUUUCCUAUUGGCCUCCAAUCUCCAGCCCUCUCAUCACCCCCUCUACCACACCCAGUGGCCGCCCCGGUAGCGGAGCAACAUCCUGAUGAUGCGGCUGAUGCACUCGUCAACCGCAUCAUCUCAAACCUACCAGACCUGUCGUACAUGUUGCGAUGA